GCAUUUGUUGCGUUUACUUCGGGGUCAACUGGAACACCUAAGGGCAUAAUCCAGACGCACCAAGGAAUUGUCACCGUAUGCCAGGCGUUGGCGAAUCAGCUGCACGUCACGUCUUCAUCUCGAGUGGCUCAGUUCCAUCCGUAUAUCUUCGAUGUGGCUUUGAUGGAGAUUGGGAUGUGCCUUGGUACUGGAGCGACGCUAUGCAUCUCCAAGAAGAAGGACAUGAUGCUUCCUUUGCCCGGAGAAGUCGGGUCGCAAUUGACCGCAUUCGGAAUCACACAUGUUACCAUGUCGCCGACGAUGCUGGAAACGAUGGACCCUGGUGAUGUGCCGACUGUCGAAGUGCUGAGCGUGAUGGGCGAAUCUCUGGGACGGCAUGCCGUGGAACAGUGGGCGAGCACUGCCUCGAGGACCUUUUAUCAGCUAUGGGGGUGCACGGAAGCGACGAUCCUGCAAUCCAUUACCACGGCCAUCACCGCAACUCAUGCACCACGAGAUGUCGGACAAGCGAUUGGCGAUACUUGUCGUCUGUGGAUAGUUGACCCAGCAAACGUAAAUAAGCUAAUGGCGGAGGCGGCAGCAGGAGAGCUCGUAGUCGAGAGUAGAGCCCUCGCAAGAGGAUAUAUCAACCAGCCCGAAGACACCCUAAGGAGUUUCGUCGAAAGAGCCGAUUGGAUGGAUGUCGCUUCUCGUGGCACGUUGUAUAAAACAGGCGAUCUUGCCCAGAAAGAAGCCGAUGGUAGUAUCACCUUCUUGGGCCGCCUGGACAGCCAGAUGAACUACCACGGCGAGCGGAUAGAGCUGGGCGAAAUCAACUUCCAUCUG